AUGGAGGAGGAGGCGUAUUGUGCGGCGCCCGACCACAGCUUGAUGGUGGACAUUUCAUCCUCCUCUGAUAUCGACCAUGCUGGACCUUCUACGUAUCUCGAUCAUCAACCUGUCCCUUCUCAUGAUGAAACAGACCUCGGUCGAUGGUCUAGAAAACAAUCCAGAAGACGUCGAUAUUAUCCCUCAUCUCACGCACCACCUUCCUUACUUUCACCGCCACCAUCGUUGAUACCCUACACGCCGCGUAAACGUAGACCACCGCGCAAACCCGGUCCACUGUUACUCGCUCUCCUACCUCUCGCCCAGGCCGCUCCACCCCCCUAUCACAAUUAUCAACCCACAUCUACACAUCACGAUGCUAGUCCGACCUCGGUAUAUGGAAAUUACCAUGAGGAAACCUCUACACUUUCGUACACGCCGACGGGCUUACCGACAUCCGUUCAACAGGUCCAAGAAACCGCUCUACCACUCAUCCUCACGCGCGAUGCGUCAGGAGAAUGGCACAAGAGUGAUCAGGGUUGGAAAUUGUACGGUCGUGCCGCGUCAGACUCCGUCGGUCACAACGAAGUCGUCGCAAACGGAACUGACUUUGCAAUCGAGGCAACGCUGCCGAAAGGUUGGGGCGCUCCAAACGUUCGAACAAGCUAUUACCGCGUCCCGCUCAUCGCAGCCGCUUCCUUGAUCCUCGCUGCGUUCAUCGUGGUCGCCAUCAUUAUGCUCGCCCUCAAUCGACGCAAAGCUCAACGACGAGCCAAACGUCGCGCCGAGAGGGCACGACGCAAGGCUCUCGCGGCCGCUGGAAUAUCCGAUGAACAAUCUAGCACUGGCUUUGAUUCUGUUCUCAGGACUCAAUUGGAACAGAUUGACAAUCAGUAUGGUAUUCGAAAGAGGAGGAAAAAGCAAUCGACAUUUGUUCAGACAAAGGUCAGGAAGUGGAGAAAUGGGCUCAGGAGACGCAAGUCGGGCAAAGGAGAUGACGAUGAUGAGGAUGGCGGCGACGACAAUCACGCCACCCAAGAGAUCAUAUAUGAAGAGCCCAAACCGAUCGAGCCGGUCGAUGCUCCAACUCAUCAAAUACUGUCGGCCUCUGGACGUUCAGGCUCAACGACUUCAGCUUCGGAUUCUGUAGCGCAUAGUUCUCACACUUCACCAACCACGACUCAAAGCAGUGCAGAAUCCAACCAACACACUGAUCACCAUGCACCUCGUCCCGCUGAACCUCAAUUGGAGUACCCUAACGAACCACCACCUCAAUUCUUCUUACCGGCUUAUCGACCGGCCUCUGUGAGGAGCUACAACAUGCACGAUGCGUCGGGAUCAUCCGCUCCAUCGAGAUCACGAUCACCACCUGGACUCGACGCCGAUGGAGACGAGCAAGCCAGUCGCAUGCCUCGAGGGACGGAUAAGGUCGGUGCGCCAGGAUAUUACCCUGCUCCGACAACCCCUGAAUCUGAGGCUGCUCUCGCUGCUGUUCAACGAUCAGAGGGCAAGACAGCUCUCCCACGUCCGAGCUCCCCAUUGGCGUUUGAGCGAGAACAACAGAGUAGCAGUAUGGCACACGUCGCGACGGAUGAUAAGCGUGUGUUGGAGAGAAUGAGACUCGGCGGAUCUGCACCCUCUGCGCCAGCGAUGGAGGGAGUCACCGAAGCUGGACCUUCAGCUCCAGUCGUCGAGGUCGACGCGGAAGGUUUCGAGGCGGUUGAUCUGGCCCAAGAUGUCGGAUCAUCUUCCGCCUCCAAACCUAGUCGUCCGGUACCGGGGCACCUGCCUGAACCUCCUCGACCUGUUCGUCAUUCCCUCAUUCCGGAGAACCCACUGGCCCGACAUGACUCGCUUCAUCUACUUCCCUCUGCCCCUCCCGCAACAGCAGGAGAGGACGAUUCUAUGGGACCAUCAGCUCCGCCAAUGGAAGAGGAAGAGUCGGUUCCACCUAGUGCACCGCCCAUCAACCUGAACAAUGAUGAUGAGGAUCUAUACGAGGAAGCCAGUCUUCCGCCAUAG